GUGACGUGAGUUCCAUGUUCAGUAAUCACGAAGGAGCAAUAUCAGCAGUAGCGUAAUUUGUUUUGCGAAUAGCGGAGACUUGGCAUCUUCAAGUUGAAGAUACGCCAAUCAAGAUGGUUUCUAAAAGCCAGGAUUGCGCGAUAUGGUUGGGCUCGGAAACAGGGAUAUUGAAAGGGGUGAGCCUAACGAAGAAGCAGGCAUUUAACUUCUGUGAGAUGACCAGCCUGAGUCGGGACCAGGAAGUUUGUGUUUUGGCAUGGGGGGAUCCUCAGGAAUCAGAGGUGCUGGUAGGCUGCGCCAAUGGUGCGGUGAAAACGUUUAGCACAGAAAAAGGCAUUUUCACAGAGAGCAGAGAAUGCGCAGACCACUCACAGGGCAAGUUCACCGGCCUGGCUGUUUCGGACAAUGCCCUGAUCACCUGUGUGGAGUCCGGACUGAUAAAGGUGUGGAAAGAGGGCAGCAUGGACACGGUUGAGAUCAAUGCAGGAAGUGGUAUUUGUCGAAUGCGACAGAACAAAUCGCAGCGGAAUCAGGUGGCCACAGGAGGAAAGGAGAACUCGCUGAAAGUAUGGGACCUGGACAGACCAGACAAGCCGAUAUUCGCGGCUAAAAACGUGAAAAAUGAUUGGCUGGACUUGCGAGUGCCAAUCUGGGACAGAGACAUGGCCUUCUUUCCUGACUCGGAUAAGAUUGUGACAUGCACAGGACAUCACCAGGUGCGAGUGUAUGACCCUGCGACCCCCCAGCGUAGGCCGGUGCUGGAGGCGCAGUUUGGGGAGUACCCCCUUACAGCCCUGGCUCUGCCGGCUGGAAACGACUCCGUGGUGGUGGGGAACACACAAGGAGAGCUGGCUAUUCUGGACCUCAGAAAAGGUCUGGUGCGUGGGCGUCUGAAGGGUCUGGCGGGGGGUGUCCGGGCGCUGGAGUGCCAUCCUACGCUGCCCCUUGUGGCCUCCUGUGGACUCGACCGCUUCCUCCGAGUCCAUGACCUCCACGAGCGCAAGCUGCAACACAAGGUGUACCUGAAGUCCAGACUGAACUGCGUGCUGCUGUCCAGUAGUAGCUUGGAGUACGGUGGAGAGGACUUGUCCGGGGACGUGGAGGAGGUCAAGCAGGAGAGGGACUCUGAAGACGAUGAGGUUUGGGACGCCAUGGAAAAGGUGACAGAGAAGACGAAACGACGUGCCAACCAGGAACCGGAACCGGACAGCACAGAGGUCGAGACCGAGACCAAGAAGAAAAGAAAAGUUGCAAAGAAAUAAUGAAAAACUCACAAAGAGACAGGACUGAAAACAAACCGCCUGUAUAAUUAAUGCAUUUUUAAAGUGAUGUCUUUGGAACUGACAGAAUUGAAGCAGGACACUUGGCCUCACCAUCUUUUGCAGGUGACAUUCACAACUCUCCCUCCCUGCCCUUCAUAUUCUCCACAAUAUCCCGAACACAAGGCGGUCGCAUUACACGAAUGGGACCAGGAUAUGGAUCGGGCAACAUUUCACCCCUGCCUCUCACCUCCUUAUAUGAACUUCACAGUGAAAUAUACUUUAUCAUAUAUUUGCUUUUGAAAAUAUAGUCUGCCAUUGGUCGAAAGUAGGUUGGUGAUCACAUUUGUGUGCACUACUCCAUCUGUUGAAGGAGUAGUUGUAUCCAGCUACAUUGCCCAUAGCUGGAUUGUUUUUUUUGUGAGUGUCCUGUCCAAGCUCUCCCUCUGCUUGUGCUUCUCACUGCAUAUGUACAUGGAGAUGGCAAACAGCGUUGUACUCUGUUUAAAAAAAAAAAAAAUGGCCUUUUAUGCCUACCUUAAACAUGUUGGUCUUUAUUUUCUUUAUUUGGACAUGGUGGUGAAUAAAGUUGAAGGUUACGGGGAGGAUGGGGAAAUAACGAGAAGGACUAAAACUUGGUGUCUCCUUGGACUCUCAUAAAUAUUUACCACAUUUCUGAGGCUACACUUCAUAGGUAUUGCAAGAAGCGUAGGCCUCAUGUGCAAAGCCUGUUCACGCACAAGAAAGCUAAGUAAGUAACUUUAACACAAAUUUUCAGAUGUACAAACAACUGUUUCAACAUGGAAAAAGUGCACAUGUACUAAAUUAAAUGUGAAAUCGGAUGUACUACCAAAGAUUCUUUAAUUCUAA